UCCGGGCGGUUCAUGUGACAGGACUGAAUUUAGUAUCUCCUAGUGAAGUGAACCGACCCAUUCGAGGUGGCUGUCCAAAGGUUGUAAGAUGGACAAAUUUAAGUUGAGCUGGCCAAGCUGCAGGCUUGAAGUGCCUGAACCAAUCAGAAAGAAUGUCUCCUUUGUUUUGACGGUGACAACUACCUGUGUGAUUGGAGCAGUAAUCAUCAGAAAAUUUACAAAGUCAAGGAACUUAAAUCGAAGGAUCAAAGAGAAGCGGGACUCUUGUAGAGAAGCAUGUAGGAAGCUCGGGGAACAGCUGGAACAGAACGGGUUGACGCUAGCAGAAAGGACUGCCAUUUUGGAGCUGUCGUUUGAGGACCUAAGACAGAAGCUACAGAAUGGAGACCUUCAAUGUAUUGAUGUGCUACAUGCCUACCAGUCAAAGGCUAUUCAGGUCAAUGAACACUUGAAUUGUGUUGUUGAGCCAAUAUGGGAAGCAGAGGCAUUAGCUUUGGAGAGGGACAUGAGUACCAGGAAAAAAGGACCUCUUCAUGGCAUACCAAUCAGUGUGAAGGAGAACUACUGUCUAGAGGGGUAUGACUGCACAGGAGGGAUGUCUUCCUUCCUGGACCUUUGUGUUACUGAAGAGAACACUCUCAUUAAGGUAUUGAAGAAACAGGGUGCAAUUCCAUUUGUGAGGACAAACAUUCCACAGUCAAUGAUGACUUAUGAGUGCUCCAACCCUAUCUACGGUGUGACUAAAAACCCUCAUGACUUAACACGAGGUCCAGGCGGUUCCUCUGGAGGCGAGGGGGCACUCAUAGCAGCUAAAGGAUCAGUUUUAGGGUUUGGAACAGACAUCGGGGGCAGUAUCAGAAUACCAAGUCACUUCAGUGGUGUAUACGGCCUCAAACCAACUGUAGGCAGACUAAGUGAAGAGAACUUGUUGCCGUUCAUAAGGGGUCAACCAUUAGUAAAUGCAACAGGUGGACCUCUAGCCAGUGAUGUGGAUGGUCUCGUGGCCGCAAUGAAAUCACUCCUGGUCCCAGCUAUGUUUGAUCAAGAUCCUACUUGUCCUCCUAUCCCAUUUAGAAAUGAGAUUUUUGAAAGUAAGCGACCACUGCGAAUUGGUUUCUUCUUAGACAACGGAUAUUUAACACCUGUACCAGCCUGUCAACGAGCUGUUACCAAGGCAACAGAAAUAUUACAGGCCAGAGGUCACACUAUUGUCAAAUUUGAUGCUCCAAACAUUGAAGAGUACUUUGAACUCUACCUCCUGUCUGUAUUUGGGGAUGGUGGUCAAUCGUUUAAAGAUGUGAUAAAGAAUGACCAAAUUGACUCCUCGCUCAAAUUAGCAUACCUUAACCUCACCCUGCCAAAAUGGCUGAGUGUCUUUGCUGGCUGGAUUAUGUCCAAGUUUGGUCGUGACCCAGUGAUGUAUAUUAUAUCAAAGUGCAUGAGGGGUACAGGGUCUGUUGCUGAGUACUGGAAAACAGGAGAAAGAAUUAAGGACUUUAAGAAGAUGAUGAGGAAGAGAUGGCGAGCCAAUAAACUGGACGUGCUGUUGUGCCCUGGCUUUGCCUACCCGGCAGUCCAUAGUGGAAAUGUCUUUAAUGUCUUGGGUGGAGUUUCCUACACAAUAAUAUAUAAUGUACUGGAUUACCCAGCAGGCUCUAUACCUGUUACCAAGGUUACAGCUGAAGAUGAAGCAAAGAUGGCUGACUACCCCAAUAAGACAGCAUAUGAGAAAGCGAUCAGAAAGGACAAUGUCGGGUCGAAGGGCCUCCCAGUCAAUGUACAGUGUGCAGGCCUUCCCUACCAGGAAGAACUGGUCCUCCGGGUGAUGAAAGAGCUAGAACAAGGCUUGAAGGCACCAAUGUAAUCCAAUCCUUUUACUGUAGAUUAACACUCUUUGGUGUGAGAUACUGUCACAACAAAAUCCUGAAUAAUUGGGUUGUUAUGAUGAUUUAAUGUCACAAUUUUAUAUUUACAUUCAGUAUGCUUAAAACACUUGGUAAAAAUUGUAUUCAUUUUUCAUAGCAACAUAAGCCUCAUCACAGUGUGUCGUAAUGUUGGGGACUUCACUACCAUGGGUAGGACACUUUGUCGUUUAAUUUUUUUCUUCUUUUCGUGUUCUUUUAAAGAAACUCGUUCCAUGUAAUCUUUACAUAAAUCCAAUGUUGUUACGGUCUUCUAAAUGUUCAAAACAUAAAAAUCACUCAAAAAAAUCUAACAGAGUAAGUGUUGUAGAUGGAACUACAUUUCGUUUGUGUUGUUGUUAUGACGGUUGCUAAGGCUGUGCCAAGAACUGUCUGAAACUUUCCCGCAAAAAUGGCUGUUCUCUGUCUGACCUCACUCCCGGGUAUAACAUGAAAAAAUGCAUUUUUUUAAUUCGGUCCUUAAAAAGAUAAAAUCAAAAAUAAUCAUUAUGUAAAUAUAAGGAUUGAGGUCAUAAAAACACUGGCUUUCUGGACAUAUUUACCAUGAAUAGUACGCAAAUGUUUCGUGAAUGUUGAAAAAUAAAUUUCAUUCCUUAAGUAUCAAGUACAUGUACCUCUUAUGUACAGUAUUCAAUGUGAAGAAAUCCUGUUAUUGUAGUAUUAUAAGUUACAUGUUGUGUCAACUGUAUUCACCCUAAUGAUGUUAACUCAUUAAUUAAAGGUAAUGUUGAUUUUGUUUGGAAAAUGUAUCCUGGAAUUUAUGAUAUACAUUCUAAUUGUUUAAGUUUUAAUUUAUGUACUAUGUAGAUUCAUAUUCAAGAAUGACUUUACUAUACAAUUAUACAUUUUACCUAUAACUGCUUAUAUAGGUGACAUUAUUUUAUUAAUGUAAUUUAUGAAUAUGGGUUAUUUACCAAAAUGUAUCAUUGCAGCAAUUUGUUGUUUAAGUUGUGUGUCACAAUACGCAAUUGAUAAAGUUAAGCUGAUGAUGCAGUUAUCACACCUAAAUGUAUCGAAAAUUGUAGUCUUGCAUGUGUCUGUUGUUUGUGUUAGAAGUUAAAUUUCUAGCUCACAUUUAGCGAGACUUUAGCGGAAUAUGAUUAAAAAUGGCUGUCUUCAUAUGAGUUGUAUCUGGAUACAAUGUACAAUGGAAUUAUAAGUUUGUGGCAUACAGUUGUGGGGUAGUAGAUCAUAAGAGUAAAGAGAAACACACUUGUAAACAAUCUGGUUCCAAUUGGUUGAGAGUCCUAAAUAAUCCAGUUCCAAUAGGUUGAGAGUCAAUUUCAUGUCAAAUUUACCUCAAAACAUUUUGGCUGUCUACUGCUAAUGGUGGCAAAAUAAAACAAUUGCAAAACAAGUUAUAACAUCUCAUAUUAAUCAUCAUGCUUGAUGGCCUGAAUGAAAGCGUGUGAUUGGUCUUUGUGUGGAAUGAAACUAGAAUACCCAGAGAAAACUAACAUGGUUGGGCAGAUGACCCCAUACCUUUUCACAUGGAAUCGAACCCCUGCUGACCAGAUGAAAGUGUGUUACCACUGUGCCACCCAACCAACCAGAGUUACUUCAAUUAGUAUGUGGCUCCUAUGUUAUUAGCACUAUAGAAUUUUUAUAUAGAUAUUUACUUUGUAAUACUCUAUAUUUUACAGAUGUUUUAUUUGCUAUACAGUCACAAAAGUCUAACACUUGUCUUUCCAGUAUGUGUAAAACGGUGUAUUUAUUGGAGACAGGGUAAUGUCUGUUUUUGUAAUCAAAGGCUAUAAUACUCUAACUAAUUAUGAAGAUAAAGGUUUUGUCUUCCACCCUCAAUACUCCAGGAAUUAAGUCACUUUUAGGAAGUUAAAAUUAGCUCUCUACACAGAGUAAAAUUGAUGAUAAUCCCUGGAGUAUCAAGGACAAUUAUCGUCUUCAUAAGAAUGUGCUCAGAUAUAAAAGGCAAAUGAACUUGAUUAUUCUUAAGGUUCUACAAUACUCCAGAAAAGUAAUUUUGUACCAGUAUUAAAAGUUUUAUAUAGUUAGAUAUAACUUGUAUGUGAAUGGAACUGUUUAUAUGACCUUAGCAACAAAAGCAGUCUCUUGUAGAAAGAUGAUGAAUAUUGAUUUCACAAAUAUAAAAAUUCUGAUCCUAGUAUGUGGACAAUUAACCCUGUUUCAUCAUUGUAUACUGUAAAAUUUUACAGUCUAAGUUAGUUUGUGUAUCUGUGUAGACUUAAUGAUUGUCCUAAAUUGUAAAUCGUGCUUUAACAGACAAUCACUCCUGAUAUAUAACAUACAAGUGAUGAUAUUAGUUGUUAUCAAAUUAAUUUCUGACAUUUAUAGAUGUAAAUAUAGUAAAAUUAUCGUAUGUACACUAUACUCCCCAUUCCAGUAUAUAUACUUACAUACUACAGAUAGCUAUUAUAUGCUAGAAAUUUGGAAACUGGGCAAAUGUGGGAGAUUUUAACACACUAAAGAGAAUAUAUGGGCAUUGCAUUCAUACCAUCGUAUCCACCAUAAGAAAAAUGUGGGAUAUUUUAAAACACUACAUAGAAUAUGUGUGCAUUGCAUUCAUACCACCAUAUCCACCUUAAGUAAAAUGUGGGAGAUUUUAAAACACUACAUAGAAUAUGUGUGCAUUGCAUUCAUACCACUGUAACCACCAUAAGUGUGAAAAGGGCAAAUAUAUUGUUUUCAAAUGCUUACCGGUAGAUUAGAUAUGGAGAGUAAGGUAUUAUUAUGUGGGCUCUAUGUUCCAAGGUUGUUUUGUUCUACAGUUCUCUUAACAAUACAUGUAUACUGUAGUAUGAUGUCAUCAGUCUAACAGUGCCCUAUAUAUCCAUGGUGGUCAAGCAGAAAUGAUGUAUUGUUAAACAGACUAGAUAUCGGGUAAAUGUACUUAGGUUUAUCACUAUGUAAAUAUAGUUCCUGAAUGAGUAUAAUGGAUGAAUGUUCUGUUUCGUUUUGUGAAAAACAAAGGCAGUCAAUUCAUUGUUCAGUUAAUGGCUCUACAUGUAUAACCAUAGCAUCAUUUGACACAUGCAAGUACAUUUAUUCGGAACUCAUAUUAUUCACAAUUUGUUAUAUUUGGAAGUCAUUCCAGCUUGAAUUAGUUUCAGUUGGUUAAUUAGAUGAAUGAUUAAUUUGACAAAUUUAAUUCAGGCCAAUUAAUUUAUUUGUUGAUCAGACCUGUUUUUGAGCCCUGGUCAGCAGUUGCAUGGACGUCCCUGAGCUGGACACUGGUCAGAUCGUAAAUAUAUAUGAAUCAGUGUUGAGGAACACAGUAUGGAUGACUGAGUUUGCAUAUUUUAAAUUAUAGUUUUAUCAAUUUUAUCAGUGGGUAAUAAUGGUGCAGGUCCUGAUCUCUCCGAGUUUCAUACUGCUAUAAUUCAUGGUAUAACUGAUAUAACAACACUGAAAAGUAUCUGUUUUGUAUGAUUAGAUUAAAUACAUUUUGUACUAUAUACACAUGUAAUGUCAGAAUUUUGUCACAUUGUAAUGUUAAUGAUCGGUUGUACUGUUAUUUUUCAUCACUAUAAUCAAACUCAUUUUCCUGUAGUCCCGGAUUAUAUGCUGCAUCAUGUAAACAAAGAGGCAUUUAUUUAUGGGAUUUAUUGUAAUUUAUAUGUUUAUGUAAUCUGUUUUAUGCUACAUUUGUAUAUGGAAAAUUAAUACAUGAUUAUUGUUUAGCUUAUUAUUGACGGUGCUUUGUCUUUUCUGGUGUAAUGAAUGGAAAACAUGUGGUAUUAAAUUUAAAUAAAUCUUUCCUCUUUCAA